ACAAUAAUCAUUUCUGCCAAAAUGAGGACUGUUCCUUCCAUUGACAUGAGAAAAACAAAACUGAAGGACAGCACCUGCAAGCCUGAAGAAUCUAACAAUGGACGUGCCUUCUUCAAAUUCCACGUCACCACUUGUGGCACAUCGCAGAGGUUUGAAGGUAAUCGCAUCAUUUAUGAAAAUGAAAUAUCUUAUGAUAAAGAGACUCUCCCAGCACAGGGACCACCUACAAUCACGAGAGAUCCAGACUACAGGUAGGAACCACAGCUAACUGGCUCUUCUUAACCUAAACACAGUAUUUCAGAAAGAAAUCAUCCAUAGACAGGAU